GAAAGGGUUUAGACCUUGAAGCACCGCUUUUUGUCAACGUUGACACGUCAGUCGGGAGCCGAUGGCAUAGCAGUCUCAAUCUAUGCAGGUUUCAUCUCCACGGGGGUCAAAGAAUUCGGGACGCAAGCUUGGAGAUAGCAAUGAAGCCGAGUCGAUGCUGUACCCAUGAGCCAUGUGCUGAUGAUGAACGUUCGCGCUGGAUUGGCGACGCGGUGUCUCUGUGCGUCUGUUGAACGGAGUUUUGACGCAAGAAAAUCUCGAACUACAGAGUCUGAACGAUUUUCCACUGUCAGAAGGAGAAAUCUGGCUGUCCCCGAAGACGGUAUAGUGUCAGGAUUAAGCUGGAUCGCUCAGCGUGACACCAACCUAAUUUGGGUUAUUGGAAACGGUCGGCUGUGCUCUUUUUGCACUCAAAGCUCAGUCACGAUGCCCUUGUGCUCAGCGUAUUGAUACCAUCACAUACAAGUAUCCUUGCUUCGCGAGUAUUAGCAUAAUGAGUGACAGCGAGGAAGAUUCGUCCAGCACCAGCAAACAAAAAUCCAUUUUCAGCGGCAUGGGCAGGGUAAAGCAGAUCAAUCAUCUCCGUGAAAAGUGGAGCCCCAAGCCCAAAUCUCCACUGCUCGACCGAUCUUUCAUGGACACCCCACCUUCCUCUCCAUGGAGUCGACGUCCUAGUCCAGUCAAAUAUCCCUCGGAAGCGCCUAGCGAGAAUGGACGACACACAUUCCGUCGCUCCCAAUCUGUGAGCGGAUCACCAACACGGCAACCCGCGGUCACCAUUGUGGACAUGGAGCGAUAUCUCGCGAUCAAUACGUGGCUUGAACGUAAUGGCAUCAACGUUGCUCAAGUUGACACUUCAGGAGCAAUUACACCUGAAAAAUCUAAGAACUACGGACUCUUUGACGACAUGUACUGCUCACUAGAAGUUCUCGAAAAUUCUCUGAAGACCGAUCUUUCCCAUCUUGGAAUUAGCGAAAGCGUCAAAGAGGAUUCAGGCUGUAGAAAUCCUUCAUCCCGUGCUCUCUUUGAUUAUUUAGCUGUGAUCGGCACUGAUAUGCUUGAUGUCAAGAUUCGCAACUUCCGGAGCCAAAGAGAAAAUGUUUUUGAGCCGACUGUUGCGUUCGCGCACCCACCAGAGAGUCAAUUUAACGCCGAAAGCCUUGAACAUUUUUGUUUUCCUGCCGGAAUCAAACUUAUCAACACGCGCAGUGAGACUUCAGAUGAAAGUGCAAAUUUUAAGGAAGGAGAAUUCUUUGUUCUGAUGAUCUCCGGUGGAGGUAUACAGGGUCAAAGUGUCCAAUAUGCCAUGUGCAUGAAAGGAACGAUUAUCAUUCCUAGAGGCAGCGACGAUGGAAAAUGUCUGCUGCUACCGAUCUGCUACUGCGUCAUUGCGCAGAUUCCAUUUAUCCCUUUCUUUCGAGCUCUGCUACAAGGAUUUCUCGAUAAUAUCCGAAAUGAACUUGAGUCAAGUGCAGACACGAUUCCCUCGAGUAGUAUCGUGACUGACAAGCAUGCUGGAUUCAUUGACGACGUUUUGCAGCGUCUUAAGGAACUUUCUCUUCCUGACAAGGGGUUGUCCAUGCCUGUCGACGUAUUUCCGCCAAGUCCCCAGCUAAUACUGGUACGACCACACAAAGAAAACGAUCUGGAUGAGAAAGUUACGCUUUUGUUGCAGUGGGCUCUACCUUCGCUACUAUCGCGAUUGUCAAUUGACCGGCUUCUUCAGAUUUUGAGCCUUUUGCUUAUCGAGACAAAGUUGAUUGUGGUAUCUGAUGAGAUCCCGCUCCUGUCGUCGUCUACAUUGGGUUUAGCGUCGUUGUUGCACCCACUCGUUUGGGCUGGACCAUUGAUUAGCAUUUUGCCGCCAUCGAUGCACGAGUAUAUGGAGGCUCCUGUCCCUCUUAUUUGUGGUGUUGACGAGCUUCCUCGGGAUUUCGAGUGCUGUAAAGGCACAUGCGUCCUAUAUCUGAUGGAGAAUCGCGUGCAGCUUCAUGCCGAUGAUGAACGUGCUUUUAGAAGCCGACAAAUGCCUGGAUUGGAGAAUCUCUCGUGUGACCUCACGAGAUUUACCAAGCAGAUGCUGGGGCGAGUUACGGGCUCCUUUCGAGACAAUGUUACGCCUCUAUCAACUCAUCUCGUAAUUCAUCGCGUUCGUCGACAUAUUGAGCAUCUGAUUAGUAUGUGUGUACAUACUACGUCUGGCUUUUGUCGAGACCAAGUCACAAAUCACGAGCUCGAUGCUAGUGAAACGAGAUUCGCAGAUAUCUUCAUGCAAACCCAGAUGUACCAAAAGUAUCAAGAUGACCAGCCUAUUACGAUUCCAAUCGAGCUAAGUACUCAAGAAGUGCCAACUCUUGAGACAAGAAACGACAAAAUUCCCAUAAAAGGCUCUUCAAUCAACACUCAACACGAUGAAUUAAAGUCAGCAACCAGCAUGCUGUUCCAAAUCGCAUUAGCAGGGGUCAGUAUACCGCCACCAAGCAGCUCUCAAGUAGAAAGUAUGCCCACCAGUAUUGUGAGCGAAGAAAUCGAGACUCCGAGCCUCGACAUGGAAGCGUCACCAGUCGAAGAUGAACCGGAACCAAGAUCAGUGGCGCUCUCAUCUACAGCUUCCUCUACGUUAGCUAGAAUCUUCCCCAGCUUGAAACUUUCACCAAAUGAGAUAGUGGAAUCUCCAGCCAAAGGCUGUGAGCUGUUAUCCCCAACGUUGAGUGAAGCAUCUACUAUUGAAAGAAAACCCGACAGAACUUUUAUGUGGCCUGUAAGUCAUUCCGAGUUUGAUGUCUUCUGGGAGCCAGAUGAAACGAGUGUUGCGAGCCCUGGAGGUUCUCUCGCGUUACAUGUACUCUCCCCAAGAAGUCUGUCGUUUGAGUCUCCUUGCCGCAGUCCAAAUUAUACAAGGGAUGCCACUUUUGUUGCAGACCCGGAAAAUGCCGGUCGCAGUGGACCUGGAAGCGUAAUGAAGCCUCACAGAGCUGACACGGAGACCACAAUUUCGCUGUUUGACACUGCUUUAAGUGAAGCUUUGGGAAGUGCAGACGCAAUAGAUGAAACGUGGCUAUUUGAGCCUCCAGAUGAUCCGAGACCAAACCUGCAGCAGAACGAUGCCAGUGGUGACGAGCGAUCUGCACACGAAAGUUUGACUGAAGAUGAUAAUAUUUUGGUAUACAAGGAAAGCUUCGUUAAAGAAAUUGGAACCGAACUCAACAAUUCUCCUGUCGUAGCGCGGCGUUCUCGGCACGGGAGUUACCGGAACGCUGAUCAAAGCAAGGACGACGGACCCAGAGACUGUAUUCUCACAGCUGACCAAUUUAGUGUGCUGGUGACAGGAAUUAGUGUUCAAUCGCGUGGUGCGUGGGAAGGAUGGUGUGAAGGCCAAAUGUUCAUUUCUUCAGAUCUCAAGACUCUAACUUGGGAGCGACAUGCUGUAGCAUUUGCUGCACUCAACAUGAACAUCGCAGACAUUACAAGAGUCGCAUUUGAAGACCAGCGAACAGCUUCACCCUGUGGAUCGAGGCAACGUCGUGUCCAGUUCACUUUCACUAGUGAAGCCAUCUACUUUCAGUUUUCAAUUUCUCCCCAACACGACGUGUUUUUCGACAUCUUCAAGCAACUUAUUCCACCGACUCAAUACCUUGUAGAAGGCCAGCAACAGUCAUUUCCACCUCUAUCGUCGCCCGUAGUUUUUAAUGAUAGUCACUGUGAAACUACCACUACCGACAUCACCCCGGCGCCAAGUUUUCUAGCUCCAUUGGUGUCGGAAAUCGACUUGUUCAAGCAAAAACUCCAGAGAGGAUUCCUGGUAGAAAAGCACGGUCGCUUGGGAAGGCCACACGCCAAACUUCUCUUCACCGAUGCAUUGUGUUUCCACAUCAUGUGGAGAAAACCUCCUGCAUCGGGUAUGGAUGAUCAAUUCAAACUAGACCAGAUUGAUCAGAUGCAGCGUCGAUCCACUCUGUUCUCUCAGGAUAAAAGCAUUGCAGUUGACAGUAUUACCGCCAUCGUAACGGGAAAGCAGACGGCGGUAUUUCGCCGCGCCACUGCGAGCAAGUCGAAUGAUCGCGUUUGCUUAUCGAUUCUCACCCCGACACGAACGCUGGAUAUUUGUGCCUAUUCGCUGCAAGGAUUCCAAGAACUUUAUCGCGGAUUCUCAUUGCUAGUACAAGAAAUUAAACGAACACGUGACGGGUUAGACUGAUCAACGACGCGUUUUCUAAUUAUUUUCAGUUACAUGUA